AUGGUCUGGCAGAGAAUCAUUGCCGGAAGUUUUAAGGCAAGAGAUCACCCAGGUCUCGGGCUAGCUGGAGCCGUCCUGGUGGUUCUGGUAUCAUUCACCAUCAGAAUGGGCAUGGGUCGACUUUUCGGCCACGCUAGAACUGCCUACCACCACAGCCCAAGAACAAUAUCGCUGCAAAGAAGGGAAGGUGGUAGAACGAUCUCUUUGCUCGAUCUGUGCAAGUCCAUCACUCCACCCUGUCGGCUGAACCCGUUCUUGUUUAAUGGCCAUCUGCAGACACUUUGGACAGUUGUGAAGAACGACACAGUGCCCAUCUACUACAAACGCCACAUCUUCGAACACCAGGACCCAACCUAUGCUGGGAUGUUCACUGUGGAUUUCGCAGUCCAGCCAUAUGAGGCAUCGGAUCCCGCUCUGCCACCCAGGACAACGUACUUCACCUCUUCGGAGUUCAGCUCAAUUGGCUCACAAGAUAGUAAGCCUAUGCUGGUAGUUCUGCAUGGGUUGAGUGGUGGAAGCUACGAGCUGUAUCUUCGUCAUGCUCUGGCACCAUUGCUUAUCCCUGACCAGAACGGGACUGUUAGGUGGGAGGCUUGUGUGAUCAACUCGAGAGGGUGCGCCAUGUCCAAGAUCACAAGCAGUGUCUUGUACAACGCCAGAGCGACGUGGGAUAUGCGGCAGACAGUGAGAUGGCUCAGAACAACAUUUCCCAACAGACCGCUUUUUGCUAUUGGUUUCUCCCUGGGCGCCAACAUCUUGACCAACUAUCUCGGAGAAGAAGGUGCAGGAUGCGAAUUGAAGGCAGCAAUGGUACUGUCGAAUCCCUGGAACCUCGAUGUCUCCUCAGUGGUUCUUCAAAGCACAUUCCUUGGCCUCCACGUCUACUCCCGCACAAUGGGCACAAAUAUGAGGAGGUUGUUCGAAACACACGUGGACCAGAUCUCGAAGAAUCCAAGGAUUGACGUAGAGAAGAUACGCAGACUGAGAUAUUUGCAUGAAUUUGACAGAGAUGUGCAGGGCCCGACGUGGGGAUACCCAACUGAGGGUGCAUAUUACCGCGACGCUUCAUCGAGUGAUUCUUUGCUUGCAAUCAGAAUUCCCUUUUUCGCGCUGCAUGCUAGAGAUGACCCGAUUGCUGCUGACGAGGCUUUGCCACGGAAUGAGAUGGAACAGAACCCUUACGCAGUGCUUUGUACGACAUCCCUAGGUGGGCAUUUGAGCUGGUUUGAGCUCGGUGGUGGACGAUGGUUUGCAAGAGUGCAGACAGAAGCAUUUUUCAAUAAAAUGGCGUUCGAGAUAGACGUGCCUGAGCAACUGGAGGUCGACGGCGUGCUGGACAGUCUUAAGAAUACCGGAGAUCCUGGCCGACCAAGAUUCGAGCCGAUGCGAAGAAAGCUGCAUGUUGCUGUGGACGCGUAG